AUGUAUAAUGGUGGAUGUGAACAAAAUUGUCAUAACAAUGCUGGAAGUUACAAAUGUUCCUGUAACAUUGGCUUUAAUUUAAAUACUGAUAAUCAUAAUUGUACAGAUAUUAAUGAAUGUAGCACUAAUAAUGGAGGAUGUGAACAGAGCUGUCAUAAUACCAUUGGUAGCUAUUAUUGUUCAUGUAACAAUAAUUAUACCCUCAAUACUGAUCAUCAUCAUUGUGAUGAUGUUGAUGAGUGUUCUCUUGGUAUCAGUGGAUGUCAUCAAAACUGUGUCAAUACCAAUGGAUCAUACAUGUGCUACUGUACUUCUGGAUUUCAUUUAAUGAGUGAUCAGAAAGCUUGUUCUGAUACUAAUGAGUGUUUGUUAAGCAAUGGAGGAUGCAGUCAGGUAUGUGUUAAUACAAUAGGAAGCUAUAACUGCUCCUGUAAUGCUGGAUAUCAAUCUAUUGGACAAGACUGCAAUGCAUUUACUCUUAUAACAGAUAUCAAUGAAUGUUCUGUUAACAAUGGAGGUUGUGAAGAUGUUUGUACUAAUACCAUUGGAAGCUACACAUGUUCAUGUCAAUCAAUAGGAUAUCAUUUAGAUAAUGAUAAACAUAACUGCUCAGAUACUAAUGAAUGCUUCAUUAACAAUGGUAAUUGUGGACAUACAUGUGUUAAUACUCCUGGUAGCUAUCACUGCAACUGUGAUGAUGGAUAUAGUUUGGAUGCUGAUAGUCAUAAUUGUUCAGAUAUCAACGAGUGUACUAAUGAUAAUGGAAAUUGUGGGCAUAUUUGUACUAAUACCAAAGGAAGCUACAGUUGCUCUUGUUAUGAUGGAUACCAACUAGAAAUUAAUGGGAAGAACUGUACCGAUAUCAAUGAAUGUAACAGUGGUGAUGCAGGAUGUGAACAGAUUUGUACUAAUGAGGUACCUUCCUUUAGCUGCUCCUGUACUACUGGUUAUAGGUUGUACAAUGAGCAAUUCUGUUCAGAUAUUGAUGAGUGCAGUGAAGGAAUAUCAGGUUGUUCUCAGUUAUGUACUAACACUAUUGGUAGUUAUACAUGUACUUGUCAUAAUGGUUAUCAACUCACUAAUGAUAAUCACACUUGUACUGAUAUUGAUGAGUGUACUCUUAAUAAUAAUGGAGGAUGUGAACAAACAUGUCAUAAUACUGAUGGUAGUUAUUAUUGUUCCUGUGCUAAUGGAUACUCUCUAAACACUAAUGAUCACAACUGUACAGAUAUUAAUGAGUGUCUUCAUCACAAUGGUAACUGUAGCCACAGCUGUACUAAUAUUCCUGGUUCAUAUGUUUGCUCUUGCAGUAUUGGAUAUAACUUGGAUAUUGAUGGACAGAACUGCUCUGAUAUCAAUGAGUGUGAUACUAAUAAUAGUAAAUGUGAACAGGACUGUAUCAAUACAAUAGGAAGCUAUCAGUGUCAGUGUAGAGAAGGAUAUGAGACUAAUAACAAUGGAAUCAACUGUACAGACAUUAAUGAAUGCAUUGCUAAAAAUAAUGGAGGAUGUCAACAAAUAUGUACAAACACAAAUGGAAGCUUCACUUGUUCUUGUACCUCUGGAUUUAAUUUGAUAUCAAACAAGUUUUGUACUGAUAUAAAUGAAUGUGCUGUGUAUAAUGGUGGAUGUGAACAAAAUUGUCAUAACAGUGUUGGAAGUUACAAUUGUUCAUGUAACAAUGGCUUUAAUUUAAAUACUGAUGAUCAUCAUAACUGUACAGAUAUUAAUGAAUGUAUGACUAAUAAUGGAGGAUGUGAACAGAGCUGUCAUAAUACCAUUGGUAGCUAUUAUUGCUCGUGUAACAAUAAUUAUACCCUCAAUUCUGAUCAUCAUCAUUGUGAUGAUGCUGAUGAGUGUUCUCUUGGUAUCAGUGGAUGUGAUCAAAACUGUGUCAAUACUAACGGAUCAUACUUGUGCUACUGUACUUUUGGAUUUCAUUUAAUGAGUGAUCAGAAAGCUUGUUCUGAUACUAAUGAGUGUUUAACACUCAAUGGAGGAUGCAGUCAGGUAUGUGUUAAUACACCAGGAAGCUAUAACUGCUCCUGUAAUGCUGGAUAUCAAUCUAUUGGACAAGAUUGUGAUGAUAUCAAUGAGUGUCUCAAUGGUACUCAUCUUUGUGAACACAACUGUUACAAUACUAAUGGUAGCUAUGUGUGUGAUUGUCAACCUGGUUAUAAUUUAACCAAUAAUGGUCUAUCAUGUUCUGAUGUUAAUGAGUGUGAUACUGGUAAUGGUGGUUGUAGUCAAGUGUGUAUCAAUCAAGUUGGAUUUUAUUAUUGUCAGUGUAAUACUGGAUAUACUCUUGAUGAUGAUGGGCAUGGAUGUGUUAAUACUCCUGGUAGCUAUCACUGCAACUGUGAUGAUGGAUAUAGUUUGGAUGCUGAUGGUCAUAACUGUUCAGAUAUCAAUGAGUGUACUAAUGAUAAUGGGAAUUGUGAGCAUAUUUGUACUAAUACCAAAGGAAGCUACAGUUGCUCUUGUUAUGAUGGAUACCAACUAGAAAUUAAUGGGAAGAACUGUACCGAUAUCAAUGAAUGUGUCAGUGGUGAUGCAGGAUGUGAACAAACUUGUAAUAAUCAGGUUCCUUUUUUUAGCUGUUCCUGCUACAAUGGCUAUAGAUUAUACAAUGAUAAAUUUUGUUCAGAUAUUGAUGAGUGCAGUGAAGGAACAUCAUGUUGUUCUCAGUUAUGUACUAACACUAUUGGUAGUUAUACAUGUACUUGUGAUAAUGGUUAUCAACUCACUAAUGAUAAUCACACUUGUACUGAUAUUGAUGAGUGUACUCUUAAUAAUAAUGGAGGAUGUGAACAAACAUGUCAUAAUACUGAUGGUAGUUAUUAUUGUUCCUGUCUUAAUGGAUACUCUCUCAGUACUAAUGAUCACAACUGUACAGAUAUUAAUGAGUGUCUUCAUCACAAUGGUAACUGUAGCCACAGCUGUACUAAUAUUCCUGGUUCAUAUGUUUGCUCUUGCAGUAUUGGAUAUAACUUGGAUAUUGAUGGACAGAACUGCUCUGAUAUCAAUGAGUGUGAUACUAAUAAUGGCGAUUGUGAACAGGACUGUAUCAAUACAAUAGGAAGCUAUCAGUGUCAGUGUAGAGAAGGAUAUGAGACUAAUAAGAAUGGAAUAAACUGUACAGACAUUAAUGAAUGCAUUGCUAACAAUAAUGGAGGAUGUCAACAAAUAUGUACAAACACAAAUGGAAGCUUCACUUGUUCUUGUACCUCUGGAUUUAAUUUGAUAUCAAAUAAGUUUUGUACUGAUAUAAAUGAAUGCACUAUGUAUAAUGGUGGAUGUGAACAGAAUUGUCAUAACAAUGUUGGAAGCUACAAUUGUUCAUGUAACAUUGGUUUUAAUUUAAAAAAUGAUGAUCAUCAUAACUGUACAGGUAAAAUAAUUUGUUUUAAAUAGUCUUUAAAGGCUUGCGUUUAAAGUCAGUUAAUGAUAAGGCGGAGGCCACUCCUUGACAUUCGCGUGGUUAUCCUCGUGGUCAGUUGUGUUGAUUUGAGUGCUCGAGUGGCCAAGUUUUGGUUCUUGGCUGUGUAAUUUUGUUUUGCUUGUCUCUCCCUUCAAUCUCUCGUUCACCUCCUGAGCUUUCUGUUCCUAAUGAAGUUGGCUUUGAGUCUAUCCCAGACAAUCAGGAGCCCUCCUCCGUAUCCCAGAGUGGCAAUUCAGCGUCACUGGACGAGCUGCGGGAUCUGAUGCUCGCCAUUUCUAGCCAGCUCAACUCUCAUCAUGCACUACUGCCCUACACUGCUGCCGUUUCUAUUGCUCCCA